GAUCCGCGAGAACGGUCACCGUUGUCGCUGGCCGUCGUAUAUUUAUAACGCGACGUGCACUACAUAUAUAUAUAUAUGUACAUACCUAUAUAUAGCUAUUUAAUUUAAGUUAGGAAUUUUCUUAUCACCGUCAUUGUUAUUAUUAUUAUGCGGCCCGUACCAGCGGAUCGCCGCCGCGUUUCGAUGCCUGGCGUGGUAAGGCGGCCUGUUCUUCCGUACAGUUUUAGGAAGGCUGCUCAAUAAGAGACUCGGGACAACUGCAGCGGGGCGACGACAUGGAAACUAAACCGGAUACAAUAGGCUUUUACACCAUCGACCGGCGCAUCGGCAAAGGAAAUUUCGCCGAGGUGCGGCUGGCCACUCACCGGCUGGUCAGAAGCGAGGUGGCUAUAAAAAUGAUUGACAAGAGAAAAUUAGAUGCCGUGAAUUUGGAAAAAGUUCACCGGGAAGUAGAUAUUAUGAAACAGCUGGAUCAUCCGCAUAUAAUCAAACUUUAUCAGGUUAUGGAAUCAAAAGAUAUGAUUUACAUUAUUUCUGAAUAUGCCAGCCAAGGUGAAAUUUUUGAUUACAUAGCGAAGUAUGGCCGCAUGACCGAAGCGGCAGCCAGGAAAAAGUUCUGGCAAAUAUUAUCAGCUGUUGAGUAUUGUCACAACAGGCACGUCGUUCACAGGGAUCUAAAAGCUGAAAAUUUGCUCUUGGACGCUAACAUGAACAUAAAAAUCGCUGACUUCGGGUUCAGCAACUACUUCACGCCCGGAGAACAGUUGGCCACUUGGUGUGGUAGUCCUCCCUAUGCCGCCCCCGAAGUCUUCGAAGGCAAAAAGUAUUACGGUCCCGAAAUCGACGUUUGGAGUAUGGGCGUGGUGCUGUACGUCCUUGUGUGCGGAGCUUUGCCAUUUGACGGUAGCACGUUACAUUCACUCAGAGAUCGAGUGUUGUCAGGAAGAUUUCGCAUACCGUAUUUCAUGAGUACUGGUUGUGAAUCGUUAAUCCGCAAGAUGCUCAUACUGGACCCGAGCAAGCGGUACACGGUGGAACAGAUCAAGAGACACGCGUGGAUGUUAGAGGAAGCGCCUAGAUUGUUGCCGGGUACAGUCGCUGAAAUGCCCGCCGAGCCCAAUGACCAGGUGCUGAGGUUUAUGAGCAGUUUGGACAUAAACACGUCAAGAACUAGACAAUCUUUGAGAAACCGAACGUACGAUCAUUACGCAGCCAUCUAUUACUUAUUGUUGGAAAAACUCAAACAGCAAAAGUCACAAGAGAACAGUCAUUACUCGCAAGAGCGCAGGAUGUCUGAAAAACUUUUUUCCGUCCCUUCGUACGAGCCCCAACUGUUCAGUGGUGGUCACCCUAGUCCUAAAAAAAGAGCGUCCAUAGACUGUCCGGCCAGUCACCAAUAUUUGCCUGAUCCGUGGAAACAGCCCAAGGCUGCCACCGUUCACCUCAGUAGCCAUUUGCCGUCCAAUCGACCACGGUCGUAUAGCCAAGGUAGGGCCGUGCAGCAUUCCGUUAACUUGUCAGAUCUCAAGUCACAGCAGCACCCACCAUUUAGAGAGCUUCCUCAACUGCCCAAGUUUAAGAACAAGCCGAUCGCGGAUAAAACUUGCGUGCCGGACAAUAUAGCGGUGGUAGGUGCAGCCGCCCCCGACGAAAUUCCCAAAAUGUGCUAUCAUACUCGACUGGACCAUACCACCAUGAUCGCACCCCAGUACUCAACAUCGACGGACGAGGGCAUAGAGACUGAUUUGGAGGACGUGAUAUCGUCCAGUCCCACGCUACCUCCGUCGUCACAUCGGUUGACAUACCCGUCGCCGGUGAUCAAGAGUCACAGUCAGAACUUGGCCGACCUGCCAUCAGUAAUGGGCCAUUAUGAGUCCGACCUGGUGUCUAGUCUACCGUCUUGCGCGGCCAACGACGUCGGCGGAAAGUACACCGACACUGUGGUGAACGCCAUCAACAGUUGUCCGUCAUCGUGGGACAGACGUAACUCGUUCUUAACGUACGCGCCUAGUUCGGCGGAUGGUGUCAAGUCGCGGCUGAUACACCAGGAGAACGUGUCACCAAUCAGUUUCCGCGAAGGCCGUCGGGCGUCUGACGGGCUGAUGAGUCAAAUCAAUCAGUGCCCGCCGUCACCAAGAUCGCCGCAGUAUGGCAAUCGUGACCGGGCAGCUCUCAAUAAUCAUAAGUUGCACGACUCGUUACGGGCCAAAGGUUUCACGGAAUUACACAUGGUGCAAAUGGAACACGAAACGCUCAAAUCAUUAUACCAAAGUUGUUUACCCAACGACAAACAAGUCGAACUGUACGAGUCGUCUGCAGGUCGUGGUAAUGACUUACAGCGAGAGGCCUUACAAGCAUCGCAGCCACACGUCGAGUACCGGCAUAGCAGCAGCAAAGAUCAGGUGCCACCGAGAUCGCCGUCGGCCGCGUUGGCUAAGCGGUUCAAUUACGCGGCUGCCAUGGCCGCCUCUGACGGGUUUGCGUUGGAAAAAGCUGGUCUGCAACAGCAACUGCUUCAGCAGCGGUUGUACCAGCACAAGCGAAACGUACAGUUGCAAAAGCAAGGACUGUUCAGCCAACCAAACGCCUCAACGGCCGCCGUUGGACAGGAGUCCAAGCGACAUCAGCAUCACCAUCCACACCACCACUAUCACCACAGCAGUCACCGUCAACCGUUAUACAAGACGACUCAACUGGCGUCUCAGCACGGCGGCAGCGGCGGAAAUAUGGGCGUCGAUGGCAACCAACAAGUGUUGAUGCAGUCCGAUGGAAGCUGGCAGUCAUUACCUCAUACUAUGGCCACCUGUCAGAUCAAUGACUUUGACAGCCAAGCAAAUUGGUUGUCCGUGCCGGACCCGCAGCACCAUUGGUACUGCACGUCCGGGCAACCAUUUAACUUCUCUAAAAAUUAUGCUCAGCUCAGCAGCACGGUCAAUAAUGUGCCCAUGGGGAGUUCUUUGCUGGGCGCUAACGAGCUGUCGGCCUGGACGUCACCGAGAUUGCAAUCCCUGUCGGAAAAUACCAUAUCGGAACUCGGAGAACAGAUGGAAUCCGGCUAAACCCCAAACACACAGAUAUCAUGAAAAACAUAUUAUCACUCAAAUAGUAGAUUCCUACGUUCAUUUUAUACAAUACCUACACAUUCAACUUUAUUCAAACUAUGAUUAGAAUUUGUACCAUUCAUCUUUUUCGUAAUUAGUUUUAUAUAAUCAAGUAUAACAUUUUUUUUCAAUAAGCUUAGUUAAAAUUUAAAGUUACUCACAAUUGAAAACAUAUUUGGUUUAAUAUUUAUUUACGAAACUAUCCAAUUUGUGAAAUAAAUGAUUUAAUCGUAUGUA